CCGUCUGGAGGUGAAAUGUCUCACAAAUCUCUGUUUAUUUUCAGAGGCCUUGUGUCUGAAAAGUCAGAUGAUAACCUGUUCUUUGUUGACACUGGAGAUGAUGUACAAGAUCUGAUCCAUAACAAAGGGAAGUUGAAGCCUCUGAGAGUUGACCUCAUUCUACAGUCAGACUCCAAGGUGCCGGCACCCAAAGAUAUUUUAUCAUAUCAAAUUCCAAACAAUCGGAAGCUGAGAAGGAAAGCGGAAAGGGAGAAACAUUUCGGAAUUGUCUCCCGGAAAGAGCGGCUGCUUUACGCUCGAACCCAGAAGCCUGUGGUGAAGGCAAAACCUGAUCCUAACACCAACCCUGCCAGAGACUUCUAUGACCUGUGGUCAAAUAUCGGUCCCCUAGAUAAGGAGCUGGAAGGCAAAGACGCGUGGUUUUUGGAGCAGACCAAGAAGAAACGACUGAAGCGGCCACAGAAACUAAACCAAAAACCAUCCCAGGUCUCGGCGAUCGAAGUGAUUGCACCGGGCGGAUCGUACAACCCCACCUUUGAAUCUCACCAGGCUCUACUAUUUGAAGCUCAUGAAGUGGAAGUUAAGAAACUGAGAGCUAAGGAGAGGAUUGCUCGACAAGUGGCGUUUCCAUCUUGCGAGGAGCUUCCCACAGAGGAGACGGUGCUGCAGGAACUGUGCCAGGGCCUGUUGGUAGAUUCGGAUGGUGAAGAGCAGGACAAAGGGCCCAAAGCUGCUGAAGAGCCUGAGGCCGGCCCGGUGUGGAAUGCUGCCUGUUGUGAAAAGAAAACUGAGAAGGAGCGGAAACAAGAGAAACUGAUGAGAAAGCAGUUACAACAGUUAAAGCAGGAGAAGAAAGCUCAGCAGAAACAGCAGGAUCUGUUCCGGCUGCGAUCCAUUAAGGGGGAAGUCAAGGAACUGGAGCUAAAGCUGGCCAAGAGGAAAGCCAAGCGGGUGGAGAAGAGGAAGGCAGAGGCCAACAAACCCCGCCGCCUGGGCCGGUUAAAAUAUGAAGAUCCUGACCUUGAUAUAAAGCUCAGUGAUGAGCUCACAGGGACACUCCGGGCUCUGAAGCCGGAGGGUAGUAUCCUUGCCGACCGCUUCAAGAGCUUUCAGAAGAGAAAUCUGAUCGAGCCCAGAAUAAGAGCAAAGUUCAAGAGGAAGCACAAGUUAAAAUACGUCGAGAAACGAGCGUUCCGAGAAGUGACGUUGUGAUGUCUGGAAAGGAAAGUGGAUCUCAGCUGAAUUUGGUGUUUGAAAUAUUUGUAUCAAUAAAAUCUCUGCAUUAUUUCUGUA